CACCCGGACCCAUUUCUUUAGCGGAGAAUCCUAAAAUGUGUUGCUGUUUGUAAACUUGGGGAUCGACAGAGAUAAAGUGAUGAUUUAUUGAAUUAUAGGCGAGCAGUUCGUGUUUCUGGGAUGGCCACGCUGGUUCUGGAUAACGGAGCUUACUGGGCCAAGAUCGGUUACAGUCAGGAGAAAGUCAGCGUCAUCCCAAACUGUCAGUUUCGCUCAAAGACGUCCAGGUUAAAAACGUUCACGGCCAAUCAGCUGGAUGAAAUCAAAGAUCCCUCAGGUCUCUUCUACAUCUUGCCCUUUCAGAAGGGUUACUUGGUCAACUGGGAUGUCCAGAGGAAAGUGUGGGAUCACCUGUUUGGAAAGGAGAUGUUUAAGGUGCAGUUUGCAGACACCAGCAUCGUCAUCACGGAGCCGUACUUCAACUUUACGUCCAUUCAGGAGUCCAUGAACGAGAUCCUGUUUGAGGAAUACCAGUUCCAGUCGGCCCUGCGGAUCAACACCGGGUCACUCGGCGCCCAUCACUACUUCCACACGAAGCCGUCGGAGCUCUGCUGCCUGGUGGUCGACUCUGGGUUCUCCUUCACCCACGUCGUCCCCUACUGUCGCAGUAAGAAGCUGAAGGAGGGUAUACGCAGGCUCAACGUAGGAGGGAAACUGCUCACCAAUCACCUGAAGGAGAUCAUCUCCUAUCGCCAGUUACAUGUGAUGGACGAAACGUACGUGAUCAACCAGGUGAAGGAGGACGUCUGCUACGUCUCUCAGCAGUUCUACAAGGACAUGGAGAUCGCACAGAUGAAAGGGGAGGAGAACACUCUGAUGAGGGACUACGUUCUUCCAGAUUUCAGCUCCAUCAAAAAAGGGUUCUGUAAGCCGCGAGAGGAGAUGGUCCUCAGCGGAAAGUACAAGACGGGCGAGCAGAUACUGAGGUUGGCCAACGAGCGCUUUGCUGUUCCUGAGAUGCUCUUCCAUCCGUCGGACAUCGGCAUCCAGGAAAUGGGAAUCCCAGAGGCUAUUGUUCACUCGGUCCAGUCGCUCCCAGAAGAGAUGCAGCCCCACUUCUACCAGAACAUCGUCCUGACCGGAGGGAACUCGCUGUUUGCUGGCUAUAGAGAGCGUCUGGAGGCGGAGCUUCGAUCACUUGUCCCCGCCCACCUCCCGGUGUCAGUUUUCCUACCUGAAAAUCCGGUCUGUUAUUCCUGGGAAGGAGGGAAGCUGCUGGCUCACAGUCCGGACUACGAAGAGAUGGUAGUGAUGCGGGAGGACUACGAGGAGAACGGACACAUCGUCUGUGAGGAGAAGUUUGAUAUUUGAAAAAAACAAAAGAAA